GCCCAAUAUGCGAUUUCUUCUGAGGUCUGAGGACUUGCGAUACUCGGUCAUCGGUAUGACUGGGACACUUCCCAUACAAGAGCCAGACGCGAUAUAUGACGCGCUGAAGGCGCCAGUAUUCGACGAACGAGAGCUUACUGGUCCGCGAUGUUCGAUCCUUGUGCCUGUUAUGCAUGCCACACAAGACACGGUCAAUCCAAAUCUUACAAAGAGGCACGCCCAAACUGUACCUCCAACUGAGCAGAUCUUCCAAAGCCUUCACAACUUGCGCAUUAGCACUGAGCAAGCGCUGCUCUUCGCGAGUGAUGUCCUUGUCCAUAACGUCGUUCUCAGUCGGGAGCUCUUCUACCUUGCGUUGUUUGAGGUUGGAAGCCUGGCAUCUAGCUAGUCUGAGAGCUUGCUGCAAG